ACCUUUCAAUAAGUGCUCGUGCUAAUCAUUUUAUUUAGAUGUGUUGAUACAAUGAAUUUAAAAUGUUUUUUUGCAUUUACAUUAUUAACUGUGGGCAUCAAUAUUGUUAAAGCACGUGAUAAGCUUGUGUUAUGUUACUACGGAACGUGGGCGACUUAUCGCCCGAGUUUGGGCAAAUUCGACGUCGAAAAUAUUGAUCCCAACUUAUGCACGCACCUCGUUUACUCUUUCGUCGGUAUCAACACGCAAGGAACAGUUAUAUCUCUAGAUCCAUACUUAGAUUUACCCGAUAAUUGGGGAAGAGACAACUUUGCCAAAUUCAACGCAUUGAAAAUUGGCACACCCAAUCUUAAAACUCUUUUGGCCGUUGGAGGAUGGAAUGAAGGAUCAGCGAAAUACUCAAGAAUGGUCGCUAGCUCGAUAUUACGAAGGAAUUUUAUAACGAGCGCCAUAAAAAUGAUGCAAGAUUACGGUUUCGAUGGCUUGAACUUAGACUGGGAGUACCCUAACAGACGGGACACGGUAAACGGACCUGCUGAUAUACAGAACUUCGUACAAUUGGUUAAAGAACUGAGAACCGAGUUUGAUAAAUACGGAUUUGAGUUGAGCGCGGCUGUUGCUGCUGUGGAAGCGGUAGCAGUACAGGCGUACGAUAUACCUGGUAUUAGCAAAUAUUUGGACCACAUCGGUUUAAUGACGUAUGAUUUGUACGGCCCAUGGGACCCAGUAACUGGUCAUAACUCACCGCUUCACAAGGGAGAAGGGGAUGGGAACAUUCCUAGGGAACAGUUGUAUACUGUCGACGUUGCUCUGGACUACUGGAUCAAAAAUGGAUGUCCGCCUGAAAAGAUAAUACUUGGUCUACCUCUGUACGGGCAUACGUUUACUUUGGUCAAUGCGGACGAGAAUGGCUUGCGAGCGCCAUCUAGCGGCACGGGAAUAGCUGGCCCUUAUACAUCUACAAACGGUAUCAUUGGAUACAAUGAGUUUUGUGUCAAAUUACAAAGAGAGACUUGGAAUGUUCGAUACGAUAGCCUAGCGCAGGUUCCUUACGCGGUACAAAAUAGAAAUUGGGUGUCGUAUGAUGAUACUGGCUCAUUAACAGCAAAAGUUCAAUAUGGUUUGGGUAAAAACAUCGGCGGUAUUAUGGUCUGGAGUAUUGAAACUGAUGAUUUUCGUAACGUGUGUGGCAAAGGAAAGUUUCCUUUGCUGAAUGCUAUUAAUAAAGCAUUAGGAAUAAAUAUUACAACUACUACGACUACAACUACAACUACAACGCCAACUGUCUCCACUACAACCAAAGCUCCAAAUACUCCAUCAGAAAGUGUAUGUAAAUCCGAAGGUCCCACAGCCGAUCCGAUGGACUGCACUUCUUUCUAUAUCUGCACUGUAGAUCCCAGUGGUAAAUUCAUACCACACAAGUUCAAAUGUCCGAGCAAUCUCUAUUGGGACAAGAAUAACCUUUACUGCAAUUACCCAGAGCUUGUUGAAUGUAACGUCAAAUAAGUAUAUAUAUUAAA